GGGGUGGCUGGGCGGAGUUGGGGCGCGAUCUGCCUUCCGAUUGGUUGUGAAGAGAAAGGGGCGUUCUGCGCGGGUUGGUACGGUCCCUUGGGACCCGGGCAACAGCGUCUGGAGCUCAAAUUUCCCGGGCCGGGAGCGCGGGGCCUGCCGGGAAGUCGCCGGGACAGUUACCACCCCCGCCCCCCACCGCCACCAAGGCCCGAGGCAGUCCCGGGUGGGCUUCGGCAUGCAGAGCACCAACCUGGGCAACAAUAAUUGUGAAUAUCAUUCACAACACUUCAGAUUACCAUCCCAAAGUUCUAAGGUUUCUGAAUGUGGCUUUUGAUGGCUCAGGUGAUGGCUUAAUUGCUGGGGACCAUCAAGGAAAUAUCUAUGUGUUUGACUUGUAUGGAAACAGGUUUAACCUUGUUCAGCGAACAGCUCAAGCUUGCACAGCCCUGGCCUUUAAUCUUCACAGGAAGUCUGAAUUCCUUGUGGCAUUAGCUGAUUAUUCUAUUAAAUGUUUCGAUACAGUCACCAAGGAGCUCGUCAGCUGGAUGAGAGGACACGAAUCAUCCGUCUCUUCGAUCUCUGUGCAUGCGUCAGGGAGAUAUGCCAUUACUACUUCUUCGGAAACAGCACAGCUGUGGGACCUGGACACCUUUCAGAGAAAAAGAAAGCUGAAUAUCCGCCAGUCUGUGGGUAUACAGAAGGUUUUCUUUCUGCCAUUAAGUAAUACCAUCCUCAGCUGUUUUAAAGAUAAUUCCAUCUUUGCCUGGGAAUGUGAUACACUGUUUUGCAAGUACCAGCUACCAGCUCCACCUGAAAGUUCGAGUAUAACAUACAAAGUGUUUGCUGUGACCAGAGAUGGCCGGAUCCUGGCUGCCGGAGGCAAAUCAAAUCAUCUUCACUUGUGGUGCUUGGAAGCUACCCAGCUCUUUAGGAUUCUACAGAUGCCAACUAAAGUUCGAGCCAUUCGCCAUCUCGAAUUCCUUCCUGAUAGCUUUGAUGCUGGUUCCAAUCAGGUUCUUGGAGUGCUAAGUCAAGAUGGCAUUAUGAGAUUUGUCAAUAUUCAGACUUGUACACUUGUGUUUGAGAUUGGGAGCCUGGAUGAAGGAAUUAGCUCUGCAGUCAUUAGCCCACACGGACGGUACAUAGCGUCAGUUAUGGAAAAUGGAAGUCUGAACAUAUAUUCAGUUCAGGCAUUAACACAAGAGAUAAAUAAGCCUCCUCCUCCUUUAGUGAAAGUAAUUGAAGAUUUGCCCAAGAAUAAACUGAGUGAUAUUAAGAUGAAAGUCGUAUCAGGAAGAGCACAGAGACCAGCACUCUUCAGGGAAAGCAAAAUACAAACCAGAAUAUUAAAACAAGACAUGACUGGCCAUUUUGAAAAUAAGGAGAAUGAGUUGUCAGAUGGAUUAAACAAAAAGCGCUUACAAAUCUUACUAAAGGGCUAUGGUGAAUAUCCAACAAAAUACAGAAUGUUCAUUUGGCGUUCUCUGUUACAACUGCCUGAAAAUCACACUGCAUUUAGUAGCCUAAUAGAUAAGGGCAUUCAUGUGGCAUUUUUCAACCUGCAGAAGAAAUACCCCAUCAAGAGUAGGAAGCUACUCAGGGUGUUACAGAGAACCUUAUCUGCAUUAGCGCACUGGUCUGUCAUCUUUAGCGACACACCAUAUCUCCCACUCUUGGCGUUUCCAUUUGUAAAAUUAUUCCAGAACAACCAACUCAUCUGUUUUGAAGUUGUAGCUACUCUCAUAAUCAAUUGGUGUCAACACUGGUUUGAAUAUUUUCCUAAUCCUCCCAUCAAUAUUCUAAGUAUGAUAGAAAAUGUUUUGGCAUUUCAUGACAAGGAACUGCUACAACACUUCAUAGAUCAUGAUAUAACUUCCCAGCUGUAUGCGUGGCCUCUUCUUGAAACUGUGUUCUCAGAAGUACUGACAAGAGAGGAAUGGCUAAAAUUAUUUGAUAAUGUUUUUACCAACCAUCCUUCGUUCCUCCUGAUGACUGUUGUUGCCUAUAAUAUAUGUUCCAGAACACCUUUGCUCAACUGUAAUCUUAAAGAUGAUUUUGAGUAUUUUUUUCACCAUCGGAAUAACCUGGAUAUAAAUACUGUGAUUAGAGAAGUUUAUCGUCUCAUGGACACCACGCCUACUGAUAUUCAUCCAGAAAGCAUGCUCGAUGCUUUUGUCGCACUGACAAAGGGGCAGUAUCCCGUAUUUAAUCAAUAUCCAAAGUUUAUUGUGGACUAUCAGACACAGGAACGAGAAAGAAUAAGGAAUGACGAAUUGGAUUACUUACGAGAGAGGCAGACAGUUGAAGGUAUGCAAGCUGAAGUAGACCAGCAAAGAGAUGAAGAGGAAGCUUGGUACCAGAAACAAGAACUACUUCGUAAAGCUGAAGAGACCAGAAGAGAAAUGCUCUUGCAUGAGGAAGAGAAGAUGAUACGACAAAGACAGAAGCUAGCUGCUGUGAAAAGAGAGCUGAAAAUGAAGGAAAUACACUUACAAGAUGCUGCGAGACGGCGUUUCCUGAAGCUUCAGCAGGAUCAGCGAGAAAUGGAGCUCAGACGCCUGGAUGAUGAGAUUGAGAGAAAGGUGUAUAUGAGAGAUCAAGAAAUUGCUACCACAGCCAAGGACCUGGAAAUGAGACAGCUGGAACUCGAAUCACAAAAACGACUUUAUGAGAAGAAUCUUAUUAGAAAUCAAGAAGCUGUUGCAAAAGAAAUACGAGAAGAUGCAGAUACCCAUAGACGAAAAGUAGACCUCGAAGAGCACAUGUUUCAUAAACUGGUGGAGACGGGUCAAGCUCGGAGCCAGAAAGCGCAGAAGGUAAUUGCUGAAAACUUGGCAAAAGCUGAGCAAGCAUGCCUAAAUGCUGACUGGCAAAUUCAAACUUUACAUAGACAAAAAUGUGAUGAUCUACAACGAAAUGAAUGUUACCAGGAAGUAGCCAAACUCCUCCGGAAAAACAGAAGGAAAGAAAUAGAGUUAUUAAAUGCAAUGAAGGAGGAGGAAGCUAAGAAGUGGAAGGAAGCUGAAGAAAAAGAGUUUCAUUUGAGAUCCGAGAAGAACGCUUCUGCUCUUUCAGAUGCUUCUAGAAAGUGGUUUUUAAAGCAAGAGUUAAAUGCGGCCUUGGAACAUGCUGAAUGUCCACAUAAUGAAGAAGCACCCGGAAUCCAAAAUGAGCAGCUUGCCUCCAGCAGUUGGCCCAGAGCCUCACCCUUAAAGGCCAUGGCUGCAAGGAAUUCUGCCGCGCACAUGUCUUUAAAUCGAAAACCAACAGAGUGGGACACCACGGAAGAGAACCUUAUCAAGAGAGUGAGAAAUCUUCGUCAGAGACUCACCGCGCAGGCUCGGAACAGGUGUCAAACCCCAGGUCUUUUGACUACGUAGGCGUGUCACCUGUAGAUCGACAGAGAGAAAGAUUCCUAUUGCACAAUCAGUGACACUGAUUUUUAAAUUAUUUAUUUGAAAUUCCUGUAAACAUCAACCUUUUGUAUAAAAAAAA